AUGUCUGACGUUCAGAACGCCUCUGCUCCUGCCGGCCAGGUCGCCUCCCCUCCCGCCGAGGUCAACGGCGGCAACCAGAUCAACACCCAGGUCCCCGCCGGCGCCGAGGCCAGCGACCUGCCCACUCCCACCUCUGCCGCUCCUUCCGCCGCCAACCCCAACUCGGCCUCGCUCUAUGUCGGCGAGCUCGACCCCUCCGUCACCGAGGCCAUGCUCUUCGAGCUCUUCUCCUCCAUCGGCCAGGUCGCUUCCAUCCGUGUCUGCCGUGACGCCGUCACCCGCCGUUCGCUCGGCUACGCCUACGUCAACUACAACAGCGCCUCGGACGGCGAGCGCGCUUUGGAAGAGCUGAACUACACUCUCAUCAAGGGCAAGCCAUGCCGCAUCAUGUGGUCCCAGCGCGACCCAGCUCUGCGCAAGACCGGCCAGGGCAACGUCUUCAUCAAGAACUUGGAUGCUGCCAUCGACAACAAGGCUCUCCACGACACCUUCGCCGCCUUUGGCAACAUCCUCUCCUGCAAGGUCGCUGUGGACGAGCACAGCAACUCCAAGGGCUACGGAUUCGUUCACUACGAGACUGCCGAGGCCGCCAACCAGGCUAUCAAGAGUGUCAACGGCAUGCUCUUGAACGAGAAGAAGGUGUUUGUCGGACACCACAUCCCCAAGAAGGAUCGCAUGAGCAAGUUCGAGGAGAUGAAGGCUAAUUUCACCAACAUCUACGUCAAGAACAUCGAGCCUGAGGUCACCGAUGAGGAGUUCCGUGAGCUGUUCGAGAAGCAGGGCGAGAUCACUUCUGCCUCGCUCGCCCACGACAACGAGACCGGCAAGUCCCGCGGUUUCGGCUUCGUCAACUUCGUGCGUCACGAGGAUGCCGCCAAGGCAGUUGAGGAGCUGAACGACUUCGAUCUCAAGGGCCAGAAGCUGUACGUGGGUCGCGCACAGAAGAAGCAUGAGCGUGAGGAGGAGCUGCGCAAGCAGUACGAGGCACAGCGCCAGGAGAAGAGUGCCAAGUACCAGGGCGUCAACCUCUACGUCAAGAACUUGGCCGAUGACAUCGAUGACGACGAGCUCCGUAAGGUCUUCGAGCCAUACGGUGCCAUCACUUCCGCCAAGGUCAUGCGCGACACCACCCCUCUCGACCGCGUCGAAUCCCCAUCCAAGAAGGACGAGGAGAAGGGUGAAGAGGAAGAGACGAAGGAAGAGACUGAAGAGAAGGAAGACGAGCAGAAGGAGGGAGACGACGAUGUUGACGAUGUCACCAAGAAGCUCGACACCGUCACCAUCGGCGGCGAGAAGAAGGUGCUCGGCAAGAGCAAGGGUUUCGGCUUCGUCUGCUUUUCCAACCCCGACGAUGCCACCAAGGCUGUCACCGAGCUCAACCAGAAGAUGAUCCACGGAAAGCCGCUCUACGUGGCUCUGGCGCAGCGUAAGGAGGUUCGCAAGAGCCAACUUGAGGCCAGCAUCCAGGCGCGCAACCAGGCUCGUAUGCAGCAGCCAGCCGGCGGCAUCCCACCACAGUUCAUGCAGCCACAGGUGUUCGUGGGCCCCAACGGUCAGCCCAUGAUGAUGCCAGGUGGUGGACGUGGACAGGUGCCUUUCAUGCAGGGUGUCCCUGGUGGUCAGGGCCAGCGCGGUGGAUUCCCAGGCAUGCCACAGCAGGGCGGUCGCGGCGGUCCAGGUAUCCCACAGAUGCCGUACGGCAUGCCGCCACAGAUGGGCGGCUUCCCUCAGGGCUACUCUCCAGCAGCCUACGCUCAGCUCAUGCAGGCAGCUCAGGCCCAAGCGCAGGUUCAGAUGAACCAGCCAGGUGGUCGUGGUGCCGGUCGUGGUGGUCCAAUGCCUGGCAUGCCAAUGAUGCCCGGAAUGCCUGGUCUGCCAGCUGGUAUGCCACCAAUGAUGGGCCAGCAAGGCGGCAUGGGCGGUGCCGGUCGUGGUGGAUUCCCUGGUGGCCAGCGCGGUGGUAUGAUGGGUGGUCGUCCAGAUGAGCAGCGCGGUCGUGCUCAGAACCGUGGUCAGGCUCCUCCCGGCGUCGACAUGUCCGCUCUCGGUGCCGCACCACCCCAGCAGCAGAAGCAGAUGCUGGGUGAGGCUCUCUACCCCAAGAUCGCCGCCCAGCAGCCCGAGCUCGCUGGCAAGAUCACCGGUAUGCUGCUCGAGAUGGACAACGAGGAGCUCAUCAACCUCACCGGCGACGACAACGCUCUCCGCGAGAAGGUCCAGGAGGCUCUCACCGUCUACGACGAGUACCUCAAGAACCACGGCAACGCUCCACAAGGCGGCGAGGAGGGCAACGCGGCUCAGACCAAUGGUGCCGAGAACCUCAACCCCAGCGUCGAGGAGGCAAAGGAUCCAGAGGCCUAG